AACCUUUUCACCUCCAAAAAACAAAAUGGCGUAUCUCCUCAGAAGAGGCCUUUUUCGGCACGUGUUAUCUCCAAAUGCCAGGCUAUAUUCAGAAAAAGGCAUAAAUUGCUGCUGUGCAAGUACUACAAAUGGAUUCACAUCAUGGGCAUUGAAUACUAGGACUUUUGGGAAUGGAAUACUCAAGGAAAAAGAUCUUAUGACUCAUCGUUUGACCACAAUUCCUUUCAAACACUUCCAUAUAUCAGCGUAUUUAGAUGCUGAGUUAGCGGAGAAGAGUCAAGUACAGGAAAAAUACGGCAAAGAGAGUGUGAGCGUGCCACUGCCAUUUACCAGAAAUAAAGAGAUCCGCUACCUACAGAAUAGCCUGGCGAGAUUAAGCUUGGAGCAUAAGUUUGGAUUCGUCAUCAACAGGAAAGGGAAAGAUCCGAAUAUUCAGCUAUACGCUAAGAGCAAACAAGUGGUAGAAAGUAUGAAAGAGAAGCUGUCAGGUUUAAUUGAUGGAAAGAAAAAGCAAAUGGAUUCAAUGAAAUUUCAGAAACGUGUACAGUGUCCCUAUGUUGAGAAAGAGAUUCCUUCCACUGUAGUUAUGAAUGCCAUCAGCAUUGAUGAACUAAAAGACUUGGCCAAUAAAAAUGAUUGUAACUUUACUCUUUUAUCUAAUACAAAACCACAAGGUGUCAUGCUUUAUUCCAGUGACCAAACAAAACUGGAGGAAACUGCAAAAUCAGUGGAAGAAUAUCUUGCUAAAACGCUAAAGACGCUACAAAUGGGAGCCACUACAUCGUUACCUAUCCCAGAGGAGAUUCCAAAAGAAUUAGACCCAACCCAAUUUUUACCAGACAUCCUUGAGAAAUUCAGGAAAGAGAACGUUCAUGUAAGAAUGUUAAGAGGAGAUGAAGAAGACGCAGUUUUCAAGAUUUUUGCCGAUACCAAGGAAACCGCGGAGAAAGUGAAAAAAGAAAUAGUCACCAGCGUACAAGAGAAGCUCAAGGCAUUUCAGGACCAACACAAAGAAGAUAUUGAGAUUCCAUCUCAUCCUGGUAAAAACUUUUGGUUUUACCUGCGAAGUGUAGUUUUAAAAAAUGUAAAGAGAGGUAACCCUGGGGUGACUUUCCAUUUAAACCUGAGAGAAGUGAAACGUAAAGACCCCAAUGCUGUGUGUCCGACCAGAUGUCUCAUCGUGGGGGACAAUCAGAACAAUGUCAAGAAAGCUAGAGAAGAAUUAAAGUUAAUGAUGGAUAAUUAUCAGAUGUAAUUACAAUGUAUUAGGCUAUCUAAAUUUAAUUCUCUGGUUCUCGGGCCAAUUUUCUCCAAAACAGAUGCGAGAGGGCAGCAUUUUAUUUAUCAUUUUAUUGGCAAUAAAGUAGAUGAGGGAGGUAUUUUUUUUUAUUUUAAUUUUCGAAUUUUCUUUAACAUAAAGAUAAUUUUUUAAUCACAGAUAUACUUUCCAUUUCUGGUCAAAAUUUCUGCUUUAUCUAUUGCUUAACAGCGUGUAAACAUCGUAGGUAAUGUCCUCGAAUGUAUUUUCAAACGAAGUAGCCAAAAUCUCAUUGCAAAUGGCUACCGGAAGUGAUAUUUGAAUACUAAACUACGAAACAAAUGAGGUCGGAAUUUUUUUUUUCCGGAUUGGUCUCCGCAAUACCAACUGUUUAUUUUAUUAAAAAUACAAUAAAAUCGGCAAUGCGGCUACCUCAAAACGGAUGCGCGCGGGCCUGAGAACCAGGAUUUCAAUUUUAUAUGGCCUUAAAAAGUGCUAGAUGUUUACGCUUUGCGUCUUUAUUUCACUUCACAGAUUUUUAGUAAUUUGUGAUUAUAUAAAUCAUGUGUAUUAAAA